AUGGUACAUUUCAGCACCUCUGCCACCACUGGCGUUACUGAUUAUCCUGAUAUUCUUGCUCAAACCGAACAAGGUUGCACUGUAUUAAUUGACGGAAACACACUCAGGGAACUUCUAAAUUCUUUUGACUCACACGACGGAAAGCUUGAUCUCAUUCAGAACGUAAUUAGACAGGUCUGCUUCGGAUUCAGUUCUUUUGUUGAUAAAAUGAGCAAGUUGUUCUUCAGUUAA